AUGGUCCAGGUCCGAUCUUAUUAUGAGAUUCUAGGGGUUGACACCAAGUCAACAGUUGCUGAAAUUAAAAAGGCGUAUAAGGAGAAGCUGCUUUGUACUCAUCCAGAUAAAAAUCGUACAGUUGAAGCACAAAACGUUUCGAUUGAGGAAAUCAAGGAAGCGUAUCAAGUGCUGGUGAACCCUAGUGGCAAGGAAAAUUAUGAUAAGGAAUUAGCUGAGUCAUACAAGAAACAGGGCUUUUACAACGGGGGAGAGGGACUGGAAGAUUACUCCCUGGAUGAAUUCAGUUACGACCCGGAGAGUUCAGGAUUCCACAUGGACUGUCCACGGUGCCAAAUGAGCAAUGGCUUUGAAUUCACAGAUAGUUUAUUGGAAGAGCACUGUAUUGAGCGCACCGAGGGUGGGUUUUAUGUUGUUGUACAGUGUUCAGCGUGCAGCCUGUGGCUCAACGUCAACUUCGAUGUAGCGGAAGACUAUGAGUCGUCAUGA